UUAAGUUUAUUGUUUUUCUUUUUUACGUUUACUAAUCUCGUCCAGUAGCUAUCACGCUACAAUUGGUAUCCAGAGCUCAGGCUUUCCAUGGUGGAAUCGCAGAAAGACAAAACACCUGAUGGGGGGUGGGAAAAAAUCGAAAACCAGUUAUAAGCUUUCAUAAAUGACUCAAUGAAAAGAAUGGAGUUGUUAGAAUCAAAUCAGCAACGGUUGAAUGUUAAAACCUCGAAGAAACACGAUGAAAACAAUCGUUGUCUUGAUGUUUUGUUGAGCCAAAUAGAGUCUGAAAGGAGGUUAGAUACAGUAGCCUCAGAGAGAUCUCGUGCAGCUUUAGCUAUUGGAAACUCUCCCAGCGAAAGAGGAGAUUCAUCUGUGGGUGGAAACUACAGAGCAACUCUCUCACCGGUAACCCCUGUUCCUUUCACUACUGGUAGAGACCUUGGGGAGCCUGAGGCGUAGAUUGGGAUUAACUUUAGAUUGGCUAGCUUGGAGUGCGUACGAGGUAUGUAAAGCUCCAUCCUUCAUUCUUUUGGCAUGCCUUAGUUUUCAAUAGGCUAUAUCACGAGCCUCGAGGAAAUUCUAAAUUCGAAAUCCGAGUACGAUAUGAUCCUUAUAUAUAUGUUCUUGGCAUUCUUAUGUAUGAUGUGAUGAAAUAUGAACCAUUAUGUCUUCCAAAGAAUUGGUUUCCAAACUUUGUACAAAAAGGUUGUUUUAAAGAAAUUCCGCAACUAUGAAUAUCGUAUCUUUCACAGAAAGGCUCGGAUUGUUCCGAUAUUUUGUAGGAAUUUGUAUGGCGUACGAUAAGUAUGUUUUUCAUAGGCGGGCCCGACUCGGGUCAAUACCCGUCUGUGGGUCCCGCGACUUUCCUUUAUGUAAUUCGGACGACUUUUGAAAGAAUUUGGUAUGAUUAUCAUUUCGAAGUCAAGUAUGGUCAAUUACUUAUAUUUGAGUCUAUGUUAAUGAUUUUAUGCAUAUGGUUACUCAUGACUCCGCUCGUGCGCUCUGCUAUAUCUUUCGCCGGUUCCCGGGCCGGUUCUGUUGUCGUGCGCACUAUGAUAUACUCCGGUGGUAUGCUGUGUUUAUGAUUUAUCGAGCCACUCGUUGGAGGGCCAGGUUCCACUUAUUUUGGUGAUAUGUUGUGUACGGCACUAUGCUGCGUUAUGAUAUGUGACGGGGAUACGGAGAUUUGAAACCUUUCUGGUGUUAUGCUGUGUUAUGGCGCCAUUGAC